AUGGCGAGGAGCACGGCGGUCAGGCAGAUGGCGCAGGCAGCGACGCUUGGGAAUACCGCUCAGUGGCACUGGUUGAAGGUGUUAACCAAAAUGGAGACUAAAUGGAGUUGUGGUUCGGCGGCAUUGGCCUUCUUGUACCGCCAGUUGGAUGAAGCUUGUUGCAGGAUUGGUAAGGAUGCUUCCAUUGGUGGUCUGUUGCUUCUUCUAUCCAUUUGGAGCUGGGAGCGCUUCCCUGUCGGAAGGCCUCGUGUUCUCGAUUACAAGAAUUACGAUGAUCACGGCAACCAGUUGCGGCGACCCACUUGGGCUUAUCAUUGGGACAUUGUCUCCGAGUUCAGUGGCGACCCAGUAGCGGCCUAUCAGACCUACACCAACGAGUUUGAUAACCUAACACCGGAGCAGGUGGAAUGGGAACCAUAUGGUCCUCGAGCGGAGUUUGGUAACGCUUCAACAUUCACACUUAACCCGGCUUGCAUGGCGGAAGCUUCUCUUUGCAUUGACAGGAGGAGGAGCAAGAAGACGGAUUGGCACAAGAUUCAUAGGAAGUAUGUGAAGAAAUUCGUCAUGCGAGUGGAGGAACAGAAGAAAGCAAAAGGAAUCCAAUAUGAAGAACAUAGCGAGGAUGCUUUCAACCAGUCCGCCUCGCCCUCCGACCAAGAUGAUGCGAACAACUCCAACUCUAGUGCUCGUGACGAGGAGGUUUCCGAUGAGGCCGAAGGUGAACAUGAGGUGGAUGAGGAUGAUGAGGAAGUGCCAUUGGGCAAGUAUGUGAAGAAUAAAUGGUUCGCAUACAAGUUGAAGCCUAGAAAGGAACGACAAGAUAGGUACACACCGGACGCAUAUGCAAAGGCUCUGGCCGCAAGGAAGGCGAGGAAGAAAGCCAUCAUCGAGUCUGAUGAAGAAGAGCACAUGGAGCCGAGUCAGAAGAUUCCCUCUAGGAGGGGAGGCAAGACCAAGCGUGCAAGGAAUUAG